CAUCUGUUCGUGAUUACUUAUCUGACGCAAAAUUUCGCCUUUUGUGUGUUGUCGUUUCGCGAUAGGUAUUAGGUGUUGCAGUACGCUGUCCGACGAUUUUUUUCCGCUACAAACAAACACACAAGCAACGAAUAAACAAUAAAAACACACAAGAUCCUCUUCGUUUGGGGUUGUAUUAUUGUCUCCCAGCCAUGGAUGUUUCGCUGUCUACCCUGAACGUAUUGUUGCGAAGCUUCACUCCAAAAUGCUGCCGUUAAUCUGGCAACUCUAAUUUACAGUCAUGCAAUCAUGACGUCCGAGAUCCAGUUUGUACGUGGAAAAAUUAAAUUACAUAGAUGAGUUUUAUACGAUACAAUUUUUAUGGAUGCAUUGACGCCUGACAUUAGGAUAUCAAAGUCUAGUCGGAGUUUUUCUCCUUCACAAAAUCCAAUGCCUAAGAUGGCUAAUAAACCAUGGAAUGCUGCUACUUUUUCUGCUGAUGAAAUUGCCAUGAGCAGAUGUAAAUCUCCUGUGGGGUCAUCAGGAAGUAUUCGAGUGGUUCGUCAUGAACGAGGAGGAUCUGCAGACACAGGACUUAUUAGACCUGAUAAUUUAUCAAGUUAUGCAUCUAGUGAAGAACCUAACCCAUGUGGCAACAAUGAAGAUGAUGGUGAUUUAUUUUAUUCAUAUGGUGGAUACAAUGGUGCUGAACUUGCUGAUGAUUCUGAUGGUACAAAAACCAGAGCAGCAAUGGAUCAUGUCCGAUCUAAAAUUGUGCGUACUAAAGAUUUGAUACGAAGUGAACAAACAGCAAGAGAUGAUAAUGUCAAUGAGUAUUUAAAAUUGGCAUCAAAUGCAGAUAAACAACAACUGGCCCGUAUUAAGUCAAUAUUUGAAAAAAAAAAUCAAAAAUCUGCUGUUGGUAUAUCACAAUUACAAAAAAAACUUGAAGGUUAUAAUAAGCGAUUAAAAGACUUAGAAACACAUGGGCUCACAACAUCACAUCAUUUGAAACAACCAAAAGAGAUGUUAAGAGAUGUUGGACAUGGUCUAAGGCAUGUUGGCGGAAAUAUAAGAGAUGGCAUUUCUGGUUUAUCUGGAUCGGUGAUGUCAAAACCACGAGAAUUUGCUCAUCUAAUUCGGAAUAAGUUUGGUAGUGCUGACAAUAUCAAUUCAAUAUCAAGAUCAAGUGAAGCUGAUCUAACUGAAGAUAAUAGUGAUAAACAGAGUGGUCGUAACCAUCAUGGCAGUGCUACAUUACCAGGCGGUGUUGGACUUCAUGCAACAACUACUGGUGCUGCCGCAUCUCGUAGUGAAGAUGGGGCUUCAGAAUGCAGUUCUGUGACUAGUGAAUCAAUACCACCGCGAACAGGUCCUGGGGCGCCACCACCUCCUGCAUCCGCAACUACUUCUUUGGAACCAGUUUGGGCCGAAUUAGAUCAUUUACGCUCAAAAAUGGAACACAUUAAACAGUUAGUAUCCAAAGAUAUUGCAUCUUUAAACCAUUCCCUUCAGGAAGAACGCUUUCGUACUGAGCGGCUCGAAGAGCAAAUAAAUGAUCUCACUGAGCUACAUCAGAAUGAAGUAGAAAAUCUUAAACAAACCAUCACAGAUAUGGAAGAAAAAGUGCAGUACCAGAGUGAAGAGAGACUUCGUGAUAUUCAUGAAAUGCUUGAAGCGUGUCAAACAAAAAUGUCUAAAAUGGAACAUCAACAGGCACAGCAUCAACAGUAUGUAACGUUAGAAGGAUUGGACAAUUCUAAUGCUCGUGCGUUAGUGGUCAAAUUAAUAAAUGUGUUACUUACUGUGCUCCAGGUAGUGUUACUCCUAGUUGCCACUUUUGCUGGUAUUCUAAUGCCUUUUUUAAGAACUCGUUUAAGAAUAAUUACUACAACUGCUGUAGUUGCUGGGUUAUUCAUUGCAGUAAAACAAUGGCCAGACAGUGUCAGCCUCAGUGAUUACCUCAUUAAACAUGGCAAACAAGCCCUGUUAUCCGUUAAAUAGUUUUCUUUUUUCUUUUUCUUUUUCACAAUGAUUUAUACAUCUAUGUAAAGCGGUGUGAUAAUUAUUUCAAUUGGAGGCCAAUUACCAUGACAAUUUAUAAAACAAUAUUGUGACAGUAUUAGAGAGAAAAACAAUAAUGAGCAUAUCGUCUUUACAUUAUAAUAUUAUUCUUUAUAAACUAAUAGACAAUAUAAAUAGUAUAUAACUUACUCUAUCCUUCUCAACCUGCCAUGACUAUUGUUGUUAUUAAAACCAUAUUUUAAAUUAAUUUAAUUGUUUUUUUUAUAUAAAAUAUUAUUUAACUUGUUUUAUAAUUGAUUGGAGGGUUCAAUGACACCCGUAGUGAUAGUGAAGACAUCGAAAUGGUAGCACUGAAAUUUAUUGUAAGUCAUAAUGAUAAUUUUUUAUUAUAGCAUAUUUUUUUAUUUACUUUUAUAUCUAUUACAUGUAAUAUUAUUUUGCUUGAUCCUCCUCCCCUUCCCCACGAAUUGAUGUAGUUUAGGAAGUCUUGUGAUUUGUAUUAUUUUUGUGUACAUAAAUUAAAU